CAGGGUCCGGGGAGAGCAGAUAUAGUGAAUGCGGGGUCCGGGGAGAGCGGAUAUAGUGAAUGCGGGGUCCGGGGAGAGCGGAUAUAGUGAAUGCAGGGUCCGGGGAGACCGGAUAAUAGUGAAUGCUGGGUCUGGGGAGAGCGGAUAUAGUGAAUGCGGGGUCCGGGGAGACCGGAUAUAGUGAAUGCUGGGUCUGGGGAGAGCGGAUAUAGUGAAUGCAGGGUCCGGCGAGAGCGGAUAUAGUGAAUGCAGGGUCGGGAGAGAGCGGAUAUAGUGAAUGCGGGGUCCGGGGAGAGCGGAUAUAGUGAAUGCAGGGUCCGGGGAGAGCGGAUAUAGUGAAUGCAGGGUCUGGG